GCCAACGCUCACAAACGAUUACGUUGGGGAGAGGACUGCCAAGCUUGACCUUGUACUACCGACUUCAAGCGUGGCAUGAAGAGACUAGUUCCCAAGAAUUUGAAGGACAAGCCUCGACUUUGAAUGUUCGUUCAUCACUGCCAUCAGACUGAAGGAUGUUAACUUUAUGAGCAAAGGCCUAAAAACGGUUCUAGAAGAUGGAGAUGCAGGAGAACCCAGUGUUUCCAAAGCCUGUGGAUCCCCAAGCAGAGGUGGAGGAGGUUGUAAUAGAGUCGGAGGUACUAGAGAUCAUUUGCGGAUUCGCCCCAGAGACCAAGCGCCACAACUCGGAAACGGAGGACAGAGAUGUGUGGACGGUGGAAGAAGGAGACGACUCGGUAUUCUACAGUGAUGAAGACCAAGCUGAGGAGCAUGGAGGACCCAACAGAUCUCCAGAUCCAGAAGCGGCGAGAGUGGACCGUCAUUCUUCAAAGAGGAGUGAGGAGGCUCAAGUCGAAGAGCCAUGUGAGGAAAUCCGAGCCGAAGAAUUCGAGGGAGAUACCGAGACUCAUGCUACGGAUGUGACGGACUCGCCCGAUCUUCGCGGCGCUUUGAAAGACGAACGAAAAAGUCCCGAGCAGAGCGAAUUCUCAGAAGAGGACCGACCAGUUGAGCAGAAGCAGUCAGCUCAGGACAAGAGCUUCUCUAAGCAGCCGAGCUCGAGCUCCGAUUCGGAGGACCCCGAAGUCCGCCAUCGCUCCGUGUUCUCAGGAGACCCGAUCCCUGCUUACGCCACUCUUCCUCUCCCCAAGAAGUCUUCGGACAACCUGGCAUGCCAGGAAUCCUUCAACCACCUCGCUGCCUCCAAAUACAGCUCCUUAUCCUACCGCAAGAUCCGGCGAGGAAAUACUCGCAAGAAAAUUGAGGAGUUUGAGUACAUCAUGAUGAAUUUGUAGUGGAGGCAAUAUCUGUUUUCACAUCUAACUUCUAAAAUCCAGGCUAAUUGAUAACGUGAUUUGUUUUUAACUUUAAUAGCAUUCUUUGAUAAUCAGCAGUUGAAUCUAAAUUGGUUU